GACCUUGCUGUGCAAAAGAAGAAAAUUGAGGAAGUUGAAACCUGGUUAAAAAACCACAUAUUUCAGAGGCAGCCAAAACAGGUUGGCUCGAUCUUGCUGCUGACUGGCCCUCCUGGCUGUGGAAAAACAGCAACUCUGCACAUUCUAGCCAGAGAUCUUGGCCUUCAGGUGCAAGAAUGGACCAAUCCACUCUCUCUGGACUUCACAAAGGAAGACUUGAGGAGCAUGUUUGGCCACGACUCAAAUUUUCAUACGUUUCCGAGUCAGGCCCAAGCAGCUCUCUUUCAAGAUUUUCUAUUAAGAGCAAAUAAGUAUAACAAACUUCAGAUGCUUGGGGAGUCCUCAGAAAAUGAUAAAAAGCUUAUUCUUAUUGAAGACAUUCCUAACCAAUUCUACAGAGAUCCUGGCAGCCUGCAUGAAAUCCUCAGGAGUUUUGUUCGCAGGAGUAGGUGCCCCCUGGUCUUUAUAAUCUCAGAUAACUUCAGUGGAGACAGCAACCAGAGGUCCCUGUUCCCCGCUGAAAUUGUAGAGGAGUUGUGUAUAUGCAAUAUUAGUUUCAAGCCUAUUGCACCAACAAAUAUGAUGAAAGUUCUCAAUCGAAUAGCUGCAGCAGAAGCCAGUAUGAACAGAGAGAAUUACACCCUUGACAGAACUUCUCUGGAGUUGCUUUGCAGGGGCUGUUCAGGUGACAUAAGAAGUGCAAUAAACAGCCUUCAGUUUUCCUCUACAAAAGGCUGCUCAUUGGAGAAAGAAUUUUGGUCAAAGAAGAAGAAGAGCUCCACAAUAAAAUGUGACGAAACAGCAGUAUCCAAAGUAAGAAAGAAAAGUAAAUGUGAUACCUCAGAAGACCAGGAGAUACAAGCAAUUGGUGGCAAGGAUGCAUCCAUUUUUCUUUUCCAUGCUCUGGGGAAAAUUAUUUAUUGCAAAAGAGAGGCAGUGUCAGAAGCAGAGUGCCCUCAGCUGCCUGCCCACCUGUCAGGACAGCGCCGUGACACCUUGCUCAUCCAGCCUGAGGAAAUUGUGGAGAAAUCACAUAUGUCUGGAAGCAUGUUCAAUCUAUACCUUCACCAGAACUACGUGGACUUUUUUUCUGACAUAGAUGAUGUAGUGAGAGCCAGCGACUAUUUGAGCACUGCUGAUGUCCUUUGCAGCAACUGGAGUGCACGGCUGGUGAUGGAGAGCUACAGUGCCUCUGUGGCCACACGUGGGGUGAUCCACUCCAACACCUCCAGGGCCUUUGCCCACCAGCAGGGGGGCAUGGGCUUCCGACCCUUACACAAGCCACAGUGGUUUCUGAUCAACAAAAAGUAUCAGGAAAAUUGCAUUGCUGCAAAAUCCCUGUUCUCAAGCUUCUGUUUACCGCCUGAGUGCCUUCAGACAGAGCUGCUGCCUUAUCUUGCUAUGUUAGCAAACCCAAUGAGAAAUCAAGCUCAGAUUGCUUUUAUCCAAGACGUGGGGAGGCUGCCACUGAAAAGACAUUUUGGGAGGGCGGUCACCAGAGGGAAAUAAAGGACUGCAAUCAGCUUGAAAGAGACCAGAGAGAUUAGCAGUUGUCAGCCUUAAAUUAUUUGUAUUUUUACACGUUUU